CAGAUCGGGGACAUCAGAGGGUGUGAUGCUGACGAAAGGAUUACAGGACAUCUGGAGGCUCCAAUUGUCGAAAGAGCGAUUAGUCGGACGGUACGCAGGCCUAUAAUACCUACUAGGAACUUCUCGAGGAUUCAUUCAUCAGCUUCAUCGGGGAUUAGACACACCAUACUGCUCGUGGCCGGUUAGCCUGUAGCACAUACAUGCAGACAAAUCAGACUAUACAUGGUUCAUGCACCUGUCUCCGUUCGACCUACACCUCAUGAAUCGUCGUACGAGGACGUCCCACAGUCGCACGCCGAUUCCUCAGCGACUCGGACGCUUCAACCCUUCGCUUGCCGUUACGGCCACAUAACCACACGCACGAUCCACACCCUUCACGAUGUGCUCCUCAUCGCGAGCUCGCUGCAUACAUUCUGCAAGUUUCGCAGCGCGGCGAUUGUAGGCAACUGCAGUCUCUCGCUGGAUAAAACGUGUUCGUAUGCGACGUUGUAGAUGCAAUUCGUCCAGAGGUUAAGGAAUCCUAAGCUCGUGGUGUCGUCGUCUCCGAAUCGUGCGCCGUGGGGUUGGCGAAAGCGAUGAAAAUAGAGCGGGUUAAUGUCCAAGUACACUAUUCCUUAUUUUGACCAUCAAUGAUCCUCUCCGAUCCACAGAAUAGGUAGCCCACCAGACUGAUGGACUCAGGUUUGAACACGCAAGACACAUGUAGAAGCAGCGAUACCACAUCUCGUUUCCCGUUCUUCGUAUCUUCAGGAUGGUUGUG